AUGACUGCCUCCCUGCUGCUGGGUGGUGCGAUACUAUUGGCAAUCACUGUUUCCGGUGCCCUCCUUUCUUGCUUUUCAUCGCCUCGCAAAGGCGUUGGCGGCAUUCCCACGAUACCCUUCUGGGUGGCACUGAUGCCCUUGGUCAAGGACGUCGAUCAGCAGGACAUCUUCGCCACGUACAUUGAGAAACCACUGCGCAAGCACGGUGCGGCCUCGAUAUUUUUUGCGGGCCAAUGGAACGUGUUGAUUCACAAGCCGGCCUAUCUAGCUGAAGUUUUCAGACGCGAGGACAUACACCAGAAGAGUGGAAACUACAGCAAGAUUCCUCAUAGUGUCUUGGCAGCUCUGCUCGGGGAUAACAUCAUAUGGAGUCGCGGAGAAACCUGGAAGAAGUAUACGCGGGUUAUCAAACCUGGGCUGCAAGCCAGUCCCAACCCGGAUGUGCUGCUUCGAAAUGCCAGACAGUUGAGUACCAUUCUCGUCGAGUCGCAGGCUCUGCCAACAGACGGCAUUCAGGGAAGUAUCCAGAGGCACACUAUUGCCUGUUUCGAAAACACGUAUUUUAAUGUCGAUCUAAAUCAGGACACGAGCGAGAAGGCUCGCAUCCGACUUCACCAAUUAACUACUCUUGACGCUGGAGCAUGGAGCGAAAGGGGACACGACGUCUUACAACCAUCAGCAGAACAAGCUGUGCACACGGCUCCUCUCCGCCCGAGACUCUGGACAACUGACAGAGAAGCAAUUCCGAGACAACCUUGCCGUCUUAUUCGUGGCUGGCCAAGAAAACCCCCAGUUGGCCAUCCUAUCAACAAUGUAUUUGCUGGCCAAGCACCAGGACAUACAAGACCGACUCUUCGACGAUCUCAACCAGCAGCCUCAAAAUCCACCGGACGCAGAAUACCUAGACAGCCUGCCCCUACUAACGUCCAUCAUAUACGAGAGCCUGCGGCUGUUCCCCCCCAUCGGGCAGCUCAUCAACCGCCGCGUAGCCUCGCCGUCCAUCUAGGCGACGCCAUCUUCCUCCCCGAGGGCACGUACGUCGGCUACAACUGCUACUCGACCAACCGCGACCCCGACGCCUGGGGCCAAGACGCAGACGCCUUUCGGCCAAGUCGCUGGGGGUGCUCGCGGCGCGAUAUACACAGGGAGUACAGGCGGCGGAGGACGCGUGCCGAGUUCAUCACUUUUCACGGCGGGCAGCGCGCAUGUCUGGGGGAGCCGUUUGCCGUGCUGCAGCUCAAGGCGACUCUGUACACGCUCAUGACGAGUCUCCGCUGGCGACUUGACCCAACGUGGCUGGAUAGAAUGACUCCCGUAAGCAAGACAGGAUGGCUUUGA